CUGCUUUGUGCCAAUGUCUCUGCUGCAACCAUCCGUUCUAUAAACGCGAGAAGUGCCAGGAGAUAGAGAAGACAGAUGAAAAAUCACCCUGUCUUGAGAGUGACAUCUGCAUUUGUGUAGUUCUUGCUUAAUUCUGGAUUUUGCCAUCCAAGGAUUAUUGUCUUGGGUCGUGACAAUUUAUUAUCUGUUUAUGUUCAAUGGGGCAACGGAUUCACUUUGUGGUUGACCCUCAGGGUUGGUGCUGCAUGGGCCUAAUUAUCUUUGUCUGGCUGUACAAUACAAUCUUCAUCCCAAAGGUCAUCCUUUUUCCUCAUUAUGAAGAGGGCAAUAUUUCAGUUGUGGCAGUUUUGUGUUAUUACUUCUGCUCAUUGUUUUGUAUAGCUUCAUUAUUUAGAGCCUCAGUAGCAGAUCCAGGAAAACUACCUGAAAAUCCAGAAAUACCAAUUACAGAGCGAGAACAUUGGGAGUUAUGUAACAAGUGCAAUAUGAUGAGACCAAAGCGUUCACACCAUUGCAGUCGCUGUGGACAUUGUGUGAGGAGGAUGGAUCACCACUGUCCAUGGAUUAAUAAUUGUGUUGGUGAAGACAAUCAUUGGCUGUUUUUGCAGCUAUGUUUCUACACUCAGAUCCUUAGUUCCUAUACGCUGAUACUUGACUUCUGCCAUUACUACUACUUUUUGCCUCUGAAAAAAGAAAACUGGGAUGUGUUUGUAUUUAGACAUGAACUUGCUCUCCUAAGAAUAUCUGCCUUCAUGGGUCUAAUAGUAUUAGGUGGAAUAAGUCGACUCUUUUACACUCAGCUAAUGGGUAUUUUCACUGACACUACAAGUAUAGAAAAAAUGUCUAACUGUUGUGAAGACAUAUCGAGGCCCCAGAAGCCAUGGCAGCAGACCUUCUCAGAAGUUUUUGGCACUCACUGGAAGAUCCUGUGGUUUAUUCCUUUCAGGCAGCGGCAACCACUGCGAGUUCCCUACCACUUUGCCAAUCAUGACUAAACAGAUGGAUGGUGGGCACAGAUGGGUCCUCCAUGCUGGAAGUGCAUUACAGGUUUUAUGAUAAUAGGACUGUGACAGUCUUCAAGUCAAUUAAAAUCCAGUCAUAGGCAUCACUGUGUGGCCCGGGCAUUA